AUGAUUCAGGAGAGGAUGAUCAGUUUUGCAUGCCAACAAGGGAUGCUGCGGGCCGCUCCCGGCCAGGGACAUGGACAUGGACAUGGAUGGUUCUGUAGUUUGACAGUGGCUCCGGCGGUCACGCAGUCACGCGAGGACAUGAGGCUUACGUGGGUGAACGGAGAGGAGAGGCGAUUUGGAGAGAGCAUCCCGAUGCUUCCAAUUCGGUAA